AUGAACCGCCAACGUCGCCAGCGACCGCCGCCCAAUGAUGCGGGGCACCGCCACGGACACACGGUCAACGGCAACAUCCGCCCAGGCAUGCGCGUCGCCGUCGUGCAGAAGCAAGACCAGCCGACGGGCAAGCUCACGUACGGCACGGUGGCGACGACCUUGACCAACUCGGCGCUGCACCCGCGGGGCAUCAAGGUCCGCCUCACGGACGGCAUCGUCGGGCGCGUGCAGUUGAUUGUCCACGGCGAGGCACCCGAGCCCGCGCCCGAGCCUGACGCUGCGCGGCCAACGUCCCGGCUCCACCUGCAAGACUUCAUCCAGGCUCCGUCGCCUCCAAAGCUGCAACUGCACGACUUCAUCGAGUACCCCGCGACGUCGGAGCGCGAGGCGCGACCGUGGGCCUGCGCCGCGUGUACGUUUGAGAAUUCCGGGUUUCUCGUCGCGUGCGAGGUCUGCGAGACGCCAAAGACGCUGUAA